GUUUUUUCGUAUUAAAGUUCAACCUAAAAAUUUCGGAGUCUUCGAGGUUAUGUUUUAUUGAAACAUGAAUUUCUUAUACUAAUAAGCAAAGCAAAUCAUCAGAAAAACAAAAACAAACUGGAUCAACUUACAUGAGUGGAUAAUGCUCGGAGGCAAUGAACGGAAUGGAGAGACAUGGGCAUGGACAUGGACAUUCACAUGCACACUCGCAUCGUCAUCGUUAUUCACAUGCAAAUUUACAAAGUGCAUCUCAAAAUUCAAGUCAGUCGUCGAAACAUAGCCACAUCCAUACACCACAUUCGCAAAAAGAUACAUCUGCUGUUCAAACGUCUCAAAAACCAAGAAAUUAUAAGUUACUAGUUGAUCCAUUUUUGGUAAAGGGUGCAACAAAGUUAUAUAGAUAUGAUGGCAUGGUUCCGGGAGAUCCAACUUAUCCUGAAGUUCAACCUCGAGACCCCAGAUCACAGUUAACUAGAAUUUGGACUCGUUUAGAGCAACUUGACUUACCUGUACCUAGAUUUAAAAUUGAUUCCAAUUAUUGUGGUGAACCUCCUCCACUUGAAGUGACAUUUUGCCAUUUAAAUGACAAUAUUGAUAAAACUUUUUUAUCAGAUAUGGUUCAAAAAUUUGGAGCUGUAGAAGAACUCAUUGUGUAUUAUCAUCCUGUAACUAACAAGCAUCUUGGAAUUGCAAGAGUGGUGUUUGAAAGUACGAAAGCUUCAAAAGCUUGUGUAGAAAAAUUAAAUAAUACAUCUGUGAUGGGUAAAGUGUUAAGAGUAUUUCUUGAUGCAUUUGGGGAAGAGUGUAAAAAAAUUUAUGAUGAAUUAACCACAGAAAAAAAAGUAGAAAAGAAAGUUGAAAAAGAAAUAAAAUCUGAAGGUGAGCAAGAAAAACAAACACCAAUUGAAAAAAAUAUUAAUGAAGAAAGGGAUGAUUUCAGAACUAACAAAAAAUUGGUAUCAAAUAUAGAAAAAUCAAGAGAUACAUACAUAGAAAACUCAAGAUAUAACAAAUAUAGAGAUUACCCUACUCCUAGUGGCAGUGCAGGAAGUGAUUUAGGCUAUGGUACUGCACCCAGUGAACUAAAUUAUUCUAGUAAUUACUCGCAAAAUUCUACUCCUGCCACAAACUAUGAUUUCUAUUAUAGUGGUUAUCAUCAUCAACCUCCAAAUAAUUAUUUAGCAAAUAUGCCACAAAAUGUAUCACAAAAUCUUUCAAUGCAACAAAAUUCAAGUAUGUGGUGGGGAAAUAAUACAGGGGCAACAAGUUAUGCAUCAUCUUCUAUGUGGCCUGUUCAGCAUGGAACAAAUUUAGACAAUUCUAAUUCUAAUGUAGUUCCAAUUUCCAAGGCUUCUAAUGUAAAAAUGCAUCACACACCUAAAAAAGAAAAAGAAAAUCAAAAUGCUACAAAAAAUGCAUCACGAGAUUCACCAGUGGAGACUCGUAAAACAUUAGAUUUGGAUACUAGAAUUGCUAUGUUAUUAAAAGAUAAGGCAGGAGGAAUGGCACCACCUUUCUUACAGUUUGGUAGUGAUUCUGAAGAUGAAAAGAAGUCUGUCAAUGCAGAUAACGAAAUGCUUUCAGAACCACCAAGCCCUUUUCUAUCUCAUGAAACAUACAAGUCUUGUUUUGAAAAAAUGAGAGAAAGGAAUAAAGAACGAUGGAAAGUACAUGAGAAUAGCAUCAAUCAAUUUUCUGUUGAUGAAGAUUUAGGUAGUGUUAUAAGUUCAAGUGAAGAUGAAGCAUUAUUGGGAAGUUAUAGUCCUGCACCAGAUGAAAUUGAACCAGAACCACCAAAAGAACCACCACCUCCACCUCCACCUGAUGACGAUAGAAUGUCAUUAAGUCCAUUAAGUUCAGGAGAUGAGAAAAUUGAAGAGGUUAUAGCUCAAACAGAACCUACAAGUCAGUUAUAUCCAGGAGCUGGUUAUCCUGGACAUUUAACCCAUUAUCCCACCAGUGAUAUGUACCAUUGGCCACGACCAGCACAAUACCCAUACCCUUAUGGAACAACAUACUUACAAAGUCAUUAUCAACCAAACACUACGUCAUUUUCUGGAGCAGUAGGAAAUCAUCAAGGAGCAAAUUAUUAUCCAUCUUUCCAAUCAAGACUUCAUGCUAUGGCAAAUCACAAUAUUACAAAAGAUAAUCCACAAAUGGUUGAGAAUACUGCAUUCAAACUGUUUGAAGUAUGGUGGGAUGAAAAGAAGUCAGAGAAAAGUCAAAAUCAAGGAGGGGAUAAUACUAUUGUUAAUAACAGUAAUAAAGAAGAAGUACAAAAACCUCAAGGAAUAUCGCUACUUUUAGAACAAGCAACUCCACUUGGAUUUAAUUAUGAUGGAUUUGGUUUGGGCAUUAGAGCUAGUAUGCCAAAGAUGCCUUCUUUCAGGGUAAAAUCAUUGUUCUUUUCACAUGCAAUCUCAUCACAAGACGAAGAUAGUCGUCAGUUUGACCAUGGAGAUACGGAACUUGUAGGAAGCGAUAGCGAUCUUGACUUAGCAUCGGUGCAAAAAGUUAAAAGGCCAAUUACUUCUCUUCCAAGUGUUUCUUCGUCCUCUUCUUCAUCAUCGUCAUCGAGUGAGAGUAGUAGCGAGGAAAUGAGUUGCAGUGAAUCUUCCAGUAGUUCAAGUGAUAGUUCCGAUGAAGAAAUAUGUUCUGGAAACUUUGAAGAUGAGCAAGAUACAGACAGCCGAAUGUCAGACCAUCGCCCUCUGGCUUGUAAUAGUGAAGAUCCUGAAAUUUUAACAGAACUUGCGAUUCAAAGAUCAUUGGAUUGUCCAACUCCUACUGGUAGAGAAACACCAAUACCUAAUAUUAAAAUAAAAGAUGUAAAUUCGAAUGAAUUCCCACAAUGUGAUAAUGAAACUAGCCCCAUACCAUCUCCACUAAGAUAUGAAAGUGAUAAAGAAGAAGGUGAAAAGGCAAACGAACAAUCUAUCAAUGAAGAAUGUCUUGAAAAAAUUAGGACAAUUAAUGAAGAUAUAGAGGCAAAGAGUGUGGAAGAUGAGACCCAAAAGAAAGUGAAAGGUACUUUGGUAGUACCUGGUAAACAAGAAUCAUGUGAUAUGCAAAAAAUGGAAAAUUCUGCAGCGGAAGCUUUAAUAACGCUAGCUGGUCAAGAUAAUAUUAUACGACAUAGAAGUCCGGGACCUGUACAACCAAAUAUUAUUAGAGCUCUUCAAACUAUGUCUGCUAAGUACAUUAACGAUGAACCCAUAUUAAAAGAAUCAGAAAAGAUUGAAAUGUUUAGUGAGAUACCUACUACUGACUCAGAGGAAGAAAGCUUAGAAAUUAGAAGAUUAAGGUAUCAAGCUGAAGCUGAUCUCCGACUGAAUGGUCAACAAAGUCCAAAAAAUUCUCAAGCUUCGCAAGUGUUCAUGGAACAUUCAUAUUCACUGCCACCAGUACAAUCAGAAAUUGCAAAAUCUGUACUUCGUGCACCUCCGGCACCAAUAAAACCUGUAAAAAUAAAAUCUUCAAAAAUUAUGAAAUUAUCCAAAGCUAAAGAUAAAAUACAUAAAGUUGAAAAGCGAAAAUAUAAUAAGUAUAGCAAGAUACACGAUCAUCAGAAUCAUGAAGGAGAAAAAGAAAAUAUCGAAAAUGAAUAUGUUUAUAAAAAAUAUCCGAAAAAAGUUGAAGAACCAGCGAUCGCAUACAAUGAACGUGAUCUUAUGUCAGAAAUGGCUAUUUUGUAUGAAUUUUUAACCAGAGGAAUAGAUGCGGAGGAUGUGGAAUAUUUAAGACGAAGUUACGAGGCUUUAUUGGCCGAUGAUAGCCAAGGCUAUUGGUUAAAUGAUACGCAUUGGGUUGAUCAUCCUCCAACAGAUAUUCCAAGCCCUGCAAAACGAAGAAAGAGAGAUGAGCUUAGAUUACAUGCAAGUGGAAGUGCGAGAACGGAAGGAUACUAUAAAGUUGACAUACGAGAAAAGGCUAAGCAUAAGCAUCACUAUGCGCAAAGUAUACAGCGAAGUCAUGAUGUUGAGGACAGUAAUGGUCCUUAUGCUGGUGGCGAUGGAACAAUGAAUGGUCCAAAGAACAAUAGUAAAGCUUUAACUGGUAAAAUGCAAGCUCUAUCUCGUGAAGCCCGAAGUAAUCAACGUCGAUUAUUAACGGCCUUCGGUAUUGACACUGACAGCGAUCUUCUUAAGUUUAAUCAGUUGAAAUUUAGGAAAAAACAAUUGAAAUUUGCUAAAUCUGGUAUACACGAUUGGGGUUUAUUUGCCAUGGAACCAAUAGCAGCUGAUGAAAUGGUUAUCGAAUAUGUUGGUCAAAUGGUUAGGCCAGUUGUUGCUGAUUUACGAGAGUCUCAAUAUGAAGCUACCGGUAUCGGUAGUUCUUAUCUUUUCCGCAUUGAUUUAGAUACAAUAAUUGAUGCAACGAAAUGUGGAAAUUUAGCACGGUUUAUUAAUCAUAGCUGCAAUCCGAAUUGUUAUGCAAAAGUAAUCACAAUCGAAAGCCAAAAGAAAAUUGUAAUCUAUAGUAAACAACCGAUAGGAGUUAAUGAGGAAAUUACAUAUGAUUAUAAAUUUCCAUUGGAAGAUGAUAAAAUCCCUUGCCUAUGUGGAGCUCCUCAAUGCCGGGGUACCCUGAAUUGAAUCGUUCAUAAAACUAUAUUGUUCAUCCCUUUUUCCUGUCUUCUACACUUCAUCA